CAAAGGCAUUCGAUGAUUCGAAACUCAAAAAAAUAAACAAGGAAAUUGGAAUUUGUAAUUAGCAUCGCAUACAUUUCGUUACUCGAUUAUUUGAUACGGCGUAGGAGUGUUGAAUUUUUUGUUGUUGUCAGAUGCGCAGUUAAAAGUUUAUUGAAGAUAUUGAAUAUUGAAGCGGUAAAAAUGAAACAACAACAUUGAAAGAUAUUUUUUAAAAAUCAUCUGUGAUAUAUCGAGAUAAGGUCGGGCGCACUCAAUCUCAGUGCAGAUUAGUUCGUCUGGAGUCUGGACGGGAGAAUCUUGGAUAACAAUGUCGAAAUAAUAAUAUAAAAUCAUCUGUGCAGUGUGCAGUGUGCAUACAAUUAAAAAAAAAGUGUGAGACGCGUUCCAUUUUAUUAGAAGUUUUAAAUUAAGAACAAUAACAAUGGAGAGUGUUAGUGCUGCAUUAUCGGCGGGGUUUUGGCCGGAAUAUUUAAACGGUUUUGUGGAAGAGUUAGAUGAACAUCCGUGGUUAUUUGCUGCCUUGGCUUCAAUGCUCGUGGGUUUAAGCGGAAUCUUGCCCCUUUUGAUCAUUCCGAUAGAUGAAACAGCAUCCUUCAAAGACGGCGCCAGUGCCGCAACACUUCGUAUUCUGCUCAGCUUUGCAGUCGGCGGUCUGCUUGGAGACGUUUUCCUUCAUCUGCUGCCGGAAGCUUGGCAACAUGAUCUGGCCAGUACAAAAGAUGGAGAACACGUUUCUAUGAAAUGCGGUCUCUGGUGCUUAUUCGGAAUGCUAGUCUUUAUAAUUGUGGAGAAGCUCUUUGCUGGUGUCGAAGAAGAAGAUGAAGAAGAGAUUUCCAAACUAAAUAGUACUGACCAUAUAGAAAUAGAAGACAUAGAGAAGCUUCUAGAAGCGGAAAGAAACAAUCGAGGGAAAGAGAAAGGUGAAGGGAUCUGUGGCAAUGGCACGGCUGCAGCCAAGUUGUAUGAUACGUGUGUUUUCAAUAAUAAUACUAAAGGGGAAGGUGUAUGUUGCAGCGCUAUAACUACAAAGAAUGGUACAGUCCGCUGUAAAGGAAACCGUUGGAUGGGGCGAUGUCUGCUGAGAGAAGCGAAAGAGAAAACAUUGAAGGCUUCAAAGGAAAAGAGCGAGAAGAAAGAUGUGGCUGGCUAUCUGAACUUGAUGGCGAAUUCCAUUGACAACUUCACCCAUGGGCUGGCUGUGGGCGGUUCAUUCCUUGUCGGCUUUAGGGUGGGCUUGCUUACCACAUUCGCUAUUCUGGUUCACGAGAUCCCACAUGAAGUAGGCGAUUUUGCGAUACUGCUCAAAAGCGGCUUCUCGCGAUGGGAAGCGGCUAAGGCACAACUGGCCACAGCAUCAGCGGGUCUGAUUGGCGCUAUGACAGCGGUCAUAUUUAGUGGAGCCAGGAAUGCUAUCGAGGCGAAAACUUCCUGGAUAGUCCCUUUUACAGCGGGGGGCUUCCUACACAUCGCGCUGGUCACUGUGCUACCGGAUUUACUUAGAGAAGAAGACAAAAUGGAGUCGCUCAAACACUUAGCUGCUCUCGUAUCCGGUAUAUUUGUCAUGGCUUUUAUGACGCAGUACUUCGGAUAGGCUGUUUAGGCAAGAAAACUCAGGCAAGAAAAAAAACCAGGCAAGAAGGCAUGAAGUAGGUUGAGUUAGACAAAUUGUGAUAGUGAGUAACUUUUUCAGUUAGGUACAAACCAAAAUUAUUUUAUUAGUUUGCAUC